AUGGACGGCAAUCAAACCAAUGCGCGGCGCGCCAGCCACAACCCCAACGAGUCCCACCCGAACAACAGUCAGACCUCCGCAGGGCCACCUGACGCCACCGGCGGACAGCAACCGGGCGAGGACCGCGACGCGGUGGUGGAGCGCAUCCUGAAGGGCACGGACCCCAGCGUCAUGUCAACUCCGGUGUACUUCGACUACAAGAAGGAUGCACGCGCCUACCGCUUCUUUCCAAGCGUGGGGCAGACGGCGAGACACUUUUCGCAGGAUGGCAGUACCGUACGAAAGGAUGACCCGGAAGCGGUGCAGCAGGCGGAGGACCGUCAACGCCGCGAGCACGACACAGAACUCGCCGCACGUGCCGAGCUGAACCCGGAUUUGGUCGACGAGGGCGUUUCCACAAGCAUCCUGAAGAAUCAGUUUAACUACAGGGACCGUGGCAACCAGACGAUGAACAACUGCUUGAAGGAACAGUGUGUCAUGACAGACCCGCCGCCGUCGACGAAUUUUAGUGCCAUGGCCACCGCGUGGGAAAUUUAUGAUGCCUAUGAAGAAGAUCGCAUUCAGAACGAAAAGGCCGCAGCGGCAAAUAAAAAGGCCACCGCGCAUCGCACUGGAAAGGAUGAAGAGAAAAUUACUUUACCCGAGGACACCGGCGGAAGCAAAACGUCAGAAGAGAUUUUAAGCUCCUCCGAAUACAGGGAGGCGCUUAAAAUCAUUGAGCGAAUGGUCAAUCAAAAUGAUUGUCACGACAUCAUUGAAGACUUCAAGUAUUGGGAAGAUGAGAGUGAUCUCUACAAGGAGGACGGCAAUUUGCUGCCACUGUGGCAAUUCUUCACGACAAAAGUGAAGCAUCGCGCAGUAACUAGCAUUUCUUUAAACAAUCGCUACAAAGACCUGUUUGCGGUAGGCUUUGGUAGCUACGACUUUCAGCGACAAGGCAAAGGCUCCAUUCACUGUUUUACUCUUAAAAACACCGUACCAACGCUCUCGGGCGUCCAAAUUCCCGCCCACCCGGAAUUUUCAUUUAAUCUGGAGAGCGGUGUUAUGUGUCUUGCAUUUCACCCUGAAGAAACGGCUUUACUUGCCUGUGGUCUACAUGAUGGAUCGGUCUGUGUAUUUGACCUCCGCAUACUCAGCAAGGACGGUAAGGAGAGCGUGAAACCCAUUUGUCAAUCUGAUGUACGUUCUGGUAAACACAUGGACCCCGUUUGGGAGAUUCACUGGUGCACUGGCACCAUGAAUCUUCAGUUCUACUCUAUCAGUACGGAUGGCCGUAUUACCAGCUGGUCAUUACACAAGAAGGAGUUGGUUUUCAAAGAUGUUAUGACACUGACAACAGGUGCAUGCGCCUCGGACCCGGAGGCGAUCUUACUUAGUCGAUUAGGUGGGACAUGCUUUGACUUCUCUGUGGCGUAUGAUGGACUUUUCAUUGCGGGCACGCAGGAGGGCUCUGUGAUGCUGUGUAGCAAAGGGUACAAUGGACAGUGCUUGGUACGUUACGAGGGGCACACCAUGCCUGUGUACACAUGUCGCUGGAAUCCAUUCCAUCCAGACAUCUUUAUUACUUGCUCUGCUGACUGGACGGUGAAACUGUGGCUCAAGAAUUCCACAAAACCCCUCUUGACUUUUGACGCGGCUGACUCCGUUGGCGACAUCGCAUGGGCUCCGUACAGUUCCACCGUCUUUGCGGCAGUCACCUCGAACGGCAAGGUGUUUGUGUUUGACCUGAACAAAAACAAGCGUGAGCCUCUCUGCUCCCAGACGGUGGUGAAGAAUGCCAAACUCACCCACGUUGCAUUUCACAAGGAUGAGCCAGUCGUCUUGGUGGGUGACUCGCGUGGAUCGGUGCUCAUCCUGAAGCUCUCGCCGAACCUGCGCAUCCUGUGCAAACCAAAGAAGGGUGAGCCUGACGAUCCGAAGAGUCUACGCAAGCUUGAGGUGGAGAAGCUCGACCGGCUGAUAGAUAUUACCCUCAGGGAUAGAGUGCUUCUGGGGCAGUUGUGA